AUGAGUGGUGAAUGGGAAUGUGCAGAAUUAACAUCCAUCACCAAUGCAAGUAAUGGUAAAGUCAUAGAAGGUCGUACAUUCAUUGCUACAUGUUCUGCUGCUGGUAAUCCCACUCCAAGUUACACAUGGGAGAAACCAUCAGGAACACUGAUACAAUCAGAAAAGACUUUAACGUUGAGUAAUAUCAAUAAAAAUGAAGCUGGAGAUUAUAUAUGUAAAGCAGUAAAUACAUUGCAUGAUGGUACAACACCAAGUGAUACUUCAUCAGUAAUGGUUGAUGUACAAUAUCCACCGGAGUCUGUAAGUACAAAUCCAGAAUUUAUUGGUAAAAUUGUAGAAGGCAGUGAUUUUACAGCUACAUGCUCUGCCACUGGAAAUCCAACUCCAAGUUACACAUGGGAGAAACCAUCAGGAACACUAAAAGUAUCAGGAAUGAAUUUAAACCUCAAUAAUAUUAACAGAAACCUAGCUGGGGUUUAUAUAUGUAAAGCAGUAAAUACAUUGCAUGAUAGUUCAACACCAAGUGACACAUCAUCAUUAACAGUUGAUGUACAAUAUCCACCAGAAUCAACAUCCAUCACCAAUGCAAGUAAUGGUAAAGUCAUAGAAGGUCGUACAUUCAUUGCUACAUGUUCUGCUGCUGGUAAUCCCACUCCAAGUUACACAUGGGAGAAACCAUCAGGAACACUGAUACAAUCAGAAAAGACUUUAACGUUGAGUAAUAUCAAUAAAAAUGAAGCUGGAGAUUAUAUAUGUAAAGCAGUAAAUACAUUGCAUGACGGUACAACACUAAGUGAUACUUCAUCAGUAAUGGUUGAUGUACAAUAUGUACCAGCAGUAAGUGUUACUGCUGCUGUUACAAUAGUUGAAGGUGAAACCUUAUCACUGAACUGUACAGUAGAUGCCAAUCCAUACGCAACAGUAAAAUGGACUACACCAAGUAACAUUGAUCUUAUCGAACAAACAUUUAUUUUACCAUCAAUAAAUAGAAUAAAAAGUGGUGUAUACACUUGCUCAGCUACAAAUAUAUUUUAUAAUAGUCAACAAGGACAUGGUUCUUCUGAAACGACAGUGGAUGUACAAUAUUUGCCUACUGUUAUAAGUGAAACCACAUUUGCUGGUGAAAUUGGUGAACCUGCAAUAAUGAAUUUAACUGUAGAUGCCAACCCAUCUUCUACCAGCUUCAGUGAAUGGGUGAAUGGUAAUUUAACACUGAGCAGUAAAACUGACACUUCAUCAAGCAGCUCAGUCUAUAUUGAUGAGCUAACUGAAGAUUAUUUUGGAUUCUACAGCAUUACAGCAUCAAAUAGUGUGGGAGACGUCAUAAUUCAGAUUGAGUUGAAAGCAGUAGGCCCUCCUGAACCACCAAAUGAAAUCCUAAUAUUGGAGACUGGAUAUGAGCAACUUACUGUAAAAAUAAUACCAGGAUUUCACGGAGGAGAUGCAAUAAACAUUUUGUAUUAUCUGCAAUAUAAUCUUGUCAAUAAUGCAACUGAUAAGCUAUGGCCGGAAGAUGGUAAAGGGAGUGUGAAUGAAAUAUUGACAGUGACAGGUUUAAAUGAUAACACUACAUACAAAUUCAGGGCUUAUGCUUCCAGCAGCUUUGGAGAUGGAGACAUAUCAAAUACUUUCAGUUUUAAGACAUACG